UUGCGUAACUAAGAUCUACCAACGUCACAAAAUCACUUUGUAAGAUGUUAAUAGCGUAAAAUUGUUAGCUUUAGUUCUUGUGUGCACACAACAGCAUUAAAACGCGUGUAUGUCUAAUAAGUGCACUUUACUCAUGACGUGGCUUAGUUCCUGACGAUUAGUAUUAUGUUGAUCAAGUGACUUGCUUUGUUGGCGACAUUGUUAUAUCUUAAGAUGGCAGCGAGAGACUUAUGUCACAAGUUGUACUAGAAAUAGUGGUUGCUUCACGUCGUGGAAGCGCGUUGGUGCUAGGCUGUGCUGCGUUUGCUGAAUUUCAGAAAAGUGUCUGAAGAUGUCUAACGGAGCACUGUCAUCCGACACACCUGUUGCGCGGCUUUGCCAUAUAAUACAGUGGAAGCAUUUCGAUGGUUAUGGAUUCAACUUACAUGCUGAGAAGGGGAAGCCAGGACAGUACAUCGGCAAAGUCGACGAAGGUUCACCAGCUGAAGCCGCCGGUCUGAAAGAAGGUGAUAGAAUAAUAGAGGUCAAUGGUGUAAAUAUUGCCAAUGAAAACCAUAAGCAGGUAGUUCAGAGGAUUAAGGCAAUCCCCAACGAAACAAAACUUUUGGUAGUUGAUGCUGAAGCAGAUAAAUAUUACAAAGCAAACAAUAUCACUAUUAAGAGCGGUUCACCCGAUGUUAAGUACCUGAAAACACCAAUGCCAGACGCAGACAAUUCAGAUGAUACAGACGAGAAGAAGUCUGGAAAUAAUGAAGAUGGUCAGAUUGAUGCAGUCGCUAAUGACAAGAAAUCAAGUGAUGCUGGAAGUUCAAAUACUACUCCGUCAACAGACAGGAAGAGUAGUAGCAGUCAUGUCUCCGAGCAUGGAAAUGAUUCCAAUACAGUGCAAGAGGUAAAUUCAAAAUCUCCUGGGGCAGGAAGUAAUAAUAGUACUUUAGAGCGCAGUAGUGCUAACAGUGGGAUUAAUCUGAACAUGUCAGCAAAGGAACUACGAGAGAAACUUGCCUCUCGUAAAAAAUACGAUCCGAAAAAGGAAAGUAUGGAUUUCAAGAAGAAGUUCGAAAUAGUGCAAACUUUGUGAAUGGACAAUCAGUUGUUGAUGAGAGUGAAACAAAAACCGCACAAAAUCUGAUCUGAAGGAAAGAACUUAUUUUUAGUGUAUUUUUAACGGUCGUCUACAUUCCAGUUCGCUGCAUUGAAUAAUGGAAAUUUCUUAUUUGGUUUGGGAUGUAAUGCUUAGUUAAGUUAUACUGAAUAGUAAUUGGGUUUUUCACUAAUUACAGUUCCAUCUUCAUUAUGCACUGGAAUCGUCUCUGACAUUGUUUCCAGUUAAGCAUUAGUUAAUGAACAUUUAAGACAAUAUUUGUCGUGGUAAACAUUCCAUUGUUGUGUGUUGUAGAUAUAUUUUUAAAGAUGAGGGCUUGCAUUUUAAUUGUUGCUCUCUGAUGUUAUUCUGAACUCAGCUGCAGUAAGCAAAUAAUUUUUUUUGUGUGUAGCUCGAAGAACUGCAUAGUCUGGUGUAACUUCGAGAUCAGACUGUCAAAACAACUCUUGAUUUCCAACUUUUCAACCUAAUAAUUUUUCUCAGUAAGGCUCAAAAAGUUUUUUGCCCAACUCAUAUGCAGGUGAGGUGACUUACAAGUAGCACUUGUUGAAUUGUGCACUGCUAUUGAUAAAAUUCACUCACCUUGACAAGACUGCAAUAGUCUUAAACAGCUGUAUGGAUAGAAUCAGUAUUGUCAAUUAAUGCUUCCUUAUCUGAAUAUGGAGUCAUAACAUGUUUCUUGGUAGUGCCUAUGGGCAUGUUUCCAGUGGCAGUGCAUUAGAAGUAAAAAAAAUUGCAGUAAAUGAUCGUAUGUUAGCCCUAACUUAGUUUGGCCAUUUUCUGGGUCACACAUUGUGUUGUGCUGAUGUACAGUGCUUCAAUUAAUCAGUGCCUUAUCCUCUAGUCUCAGUGCACAUGUUAGAGCCAGUUUCACGAACUUUUCCUUGGAAAGGAUAAAUAGGUGCAUUCUUGAAAAGAUCAUACGCUUCUGCAGCUUUUGCAGAAUUGAUGAAUGUUUAAUGAUAACCUUGAGCUACAAUGCUGUUAUAUUUUUGAUAGUUUUUACAUAUAUUGUGCGCACAUUUCUGUGCACAUUGAAAAUAUUUUAUUAAACUCUAUAAUAUGGAAAUGAUAUACUAAAAUGUUAAAAGGUUAUGAAAAAUGGUGAAUAUUUUUGUAGUAAAAUGCCGAACUAUGGAAUAUAGUUAAUUCUGCUUUUGUAGAAUAUCGAAUGCAGCUCAUUGAAAAUUAUGCUGUAGGAUUGGCAGAAAUUCCCCCAGGAAAAAUAUAGUUUACAGCGUGAUGCACAAUAAGACUGUAACAAAGAGCUUCACUUAAUAUGAACCUAUACUUUGAGAUGUGACCAUAUGUUUUCAGAAGCAUAGCUUUAACACCAAAAACUUUACAAAGUAUUUGAUAACUGUUUUAUUGUUUCUUGAAUUAGAAUGUAUCAUACAUCAGAGUCAUAUCAAUAUAUUUUUGUCGUGACUUACAAGUGUAUAAAUAUUAUUUAAAAUACAUCUGUUUAAAGCAUCAGCCACUCUCAGUGUUUGUUUGUUUGUAUACUGUGUGUGUGUGUGUGUGUGUGUGUGUGUGUGUGUGUGUGUGUGUGUGUGUGUGUGUGUGUGUGUGUUUACUUGUCAAUUGUCAGUUCGCAGUGGUGUCCACGGAGAUAAGUAGUUAAUAAUGGUGAAUAACUGGCUUAUAUGUUAUUUGAGUAAUUAAUAUGGGUGUUCAGAUUCUCAUUAUGCACACAGCAAUAUCACAAUAUACAUGUUAACACCAUAGAAAACUGACUUGUCCAAACGUAGCAUGUGUAGCUCUGUUAAUGUUUGGUCUACCAUUGAGAGUGGGUGACCAAAAAUGUGUGAUGUAAAGUACAAGCUGUAGUUUGUCACAACUCACCAGCUAAUAGCAUCAGUCUGCCCCAUCUUGCCAUAGCUUACACUACAAGGAGUGCAAGCUAUCCUUUAUUACUGCACAUUAGCAAUGACAUCCUGUAGUGGAGUAUAAGUUGUAUAAAGCAACACAACUAGUAUGAUGUUAAGAAGUGGUAGCAAUAACAUUAAAAGUGCAUAAAGUUUUUAGAAGAGAAUGACAGGCACAAAUGUGUCCCCAUUUGGAGUGUAGCCUAGCAUUACAGGGGUGAGAACAGCUGGUGCCUUCAUAAAGUAUUUACCAUCUCUCACAGUGCAGAAUUCACCACACAGCAACAAACUACUAGCUGAACAUUCUUUUGAGAGAUAGGAGUGCUGCAUUCACCUGAUGACCUGUUAUCUGGUGUGAAAAUAUGUUGUUGCCUUUAAAUUUUUUAACCAUAUAAAACUUGAGAAGAAUGUAGUAUGACGGGGAAAGGGAGCACGCGUAUGAAAGAUGUGUUUGUGUUUUUAAGGGUCAUCAUAAAUUUUCUUAAUAUCUUAAGAAAUGCGUAUGUUUUUCCCUGUUGAAGUUUGCAUAUACAGCUAUUUCAUAACUCUGCCCCCCCCCCUUUUUUUAACAAAGUCCACCAAGCUGUUACUUGCUAAGCAACUGAAUUUACAAUACUGGAUCUGGACAUAACAAAUAACUAUUUUUGUUCUGCCAUAUGCUAAACAAAUAACUAUUUUUGUUCUGCCAUAUGCUAAUUAUGUUUGGAAUAGUGUGGUUAGAGGCGUCUCUGAAAUAGUCUGUGUAGUAUUGAAACUAACAAUUUAACAUGUGUACCAUGACAGCUAUUGUACUGUAUAUUGCAGAGGAUACUGCCUUUUCUGUUCCAUUUGUAAAUUGAAUCUCACAUACUCAAUCGUAUGCUGUUGUACUAGUACAGCAACCAUUCGCUUUAUAUAUAACUUUAUGUCAAAUAUGAAACAAGGAGCUAUAAGUUACAGAAUAAAAGACAACAGCAGUGUUCAAAAUACAGUAAAUAAAAUUAUACUAUUGGUGAAGCUGUUAAUGUAUUACAUCACUUUAAGAAGAGUGAAAAUAUGCAGCUCAUGUUAGCUUAGCGAAAGUUCAUGGUGCAUCUUGUAAAAAUUUAUAGUGGCUUUUUUUAGCCAGUUAAAACUCUGGCUGCACACCAAAUCUUUGAUUUCAUCCUGUAGCCCCACAUUAUAAGAAUUCUAAACAUUUUGGUAGUAUAAAAGAUAUGUCGAACUACUUGUGCAUGCAAUUUUUUUGUAAACGCACAAACAUGUCCAAGAAUUCUUUAAUAAAAUUGUUUCCAUUGACAUAAUAUGGAAAAUCGACAAUUUCAUUUUAGGAGUCUAAUUUAAUUUUCAAAGUUGUUAAUUAGAUUGUAUCAAACUAUUGUUUUUGAUGGUUACUUUCCUGUUGUGUGAAUCCAUCUCUAGUUUAUUCACUGAGUAUUACACAAAUUCGUGCGUUGAGGGUAGUAUAUAAAUAAUCUUUUUCUAAGGAAUGUCAUCUGAGAUUUUACAACUGUCAGUAUGAUGUACAGCCUCAGCUGUAAUAGUGCUAACUUGUCUUUUCAGUUCAUUCUUUUAUAGUGUGGAGCGCGUAUUCAGAAAAGGCAUAAAGAUGAGAGCUUUAUUCUAAUUGACAGACAGUUCGUUAGGGAUACACGUGCUCCAGAAUUCUAAGUAAUGAGUAACAUUUAUCUCUUUGGACUUGUACAAUGUAAUAUUUUCUACAAUAUUUUUGGUAAGUGUUUCACAUUUUUUGGAAUUUUGAAAUGAAGUCUUCAGUCCUACUGCCCUAGCUUGUGUUAAUGUACGUGGACUACUGUGAUAGGUUAAUAACAGAAAGUGAAGUGAUGAUAAAUUACCUAAUUAAUCCUUGAUGGAAAAUUUUGGCAAUCAGCCUGUUUCAGUUUAAAAACUUCUGUCUGCAACAGGUGUUAGAUAGACCAAUGUUAAUGUGAAGAAAAUGUUUUUCGAGUGCUGAAUGUUAAGAGUCGUUGUAUAGUAAACCACUAGAAGUACAUUACUCAAAACUUCAUUUUGUUUUGUGUCAGUUUCGAUGUAAUGAGCUAUGUAAAAGAUGCAGAUUAGUAGAGAUUGUAUAAAGUGUGAGAAUUUUAUUGUCUAUAGAUGACUGUUUUUUCCCCUCUCGCAAUUUUUGAGUGUCUCAAAUGGCGAUCCUCAGAUCCACGUGAUGCACAGGACCACCACGUCAUGAUGAUGCAUGGUCAUGUGCAGUAUAUGGAUAUGAGGAUGGCUAUUGGAGUUGUUGGAAAAUAAUAGUACACAUUGUGCAAUGAUGAUAGGUAGAAGUGUUUACAGUUUAGUGUUGGAAAUAGACUGAGAUAAUUAGUUACAGAGAAACUGUUGAGGUAGGGUGGCGAUGAUUAAUGAAUUGACAUCAAGCUUAAAAUAGAGCUAUCCCGGCAUUCAUGUCAUGUUGUUUCCGAAUUCAUCAGUGUGAGUUCAGUAAUUUGAUCACUGCAUCACCUCGUUUUGAGUUAUAAAAAUUCAUUGUACUUGGGAUGGGCCAACUAUUCACAUCAUAAUACCCUAAACCAGACGUAUGCGAAGUUACAACAAGCAAGAAGUUACAUGAACAUUAGGAAAGGUAUAUAGCCAUAAAAAACAAUUACAGAGUUAAAAAAUUGUAUGAAAGAACCAAUCAGUUAAAACAGUUUCACUGUGGGUAUAUCAAUAAGAUCUAAUAUCUUUAUAAGAGGAAUUAGAUAAUUACUGCAGAAACAAACUUUGUGGUCAGAUUGAAUGUAUUUAGUUCCCGAGAUUUAUUUAACGAGGAAAAUAAUGACCAAAUGACACUUGCUUGUCAAAUAUGGAUGUUUUUAAUGGAAAACAAAUUUUUGUAGAAUAGGUGCAGACCUUGUUCAUAAUUGUGGAAACAAAUUGACACUAUUAGUAAUACUGAACAUAUAAUUUUGUCAUUUGUUGCAAAUAGAUGUAAAGUUAGAGGUUCCAGUGUGAUUUCUAAAUGCUAUGGACAAAAUAUAUUUUGUCCUUUUUUUCAUUGAACAGACACUGUGCUUUAUAAUAUUUAUAGUGUAUGAGAACUAAGCUUACAAAAGAGAACUAUUGAUAACAGCUUCAAAACACAAGACAUUAUAUUUCCUGCUAUAAUGCUUGUGUUAACUACUAACACUAAAAUUUCAAUAUACAAAAAUUUCUCAGAAGUGUAAUAUUUACCUCGUUCGUUAAAUAUACCUCUUUCUGUGAACUGUGUAGUUUGAUUGGUAGUUGAGGGGGAAGUAAAAAGCUUCAGAGCAAAAGCUUCCAUGUGAUCGUGGUAGCUAAUGCAACAAAGAAAAUGACAACCAAGAUUGUUUCAAAGAAAUAAGAAAAAAAAGUUUUUGUGCGUAUCAUCCCAAAAUAUUAACUUAGUCAUGAACAAUUUGAUGAAUGUAGGCAGAAGUGAGUGGUAAUGUGUAGACAGGGAGAAACUGUUUGCUUUCCAAAUAUACUGAAUGAUGCCAACCAGUUGCUUGUUUAUUAUUGGCAUUUGGACCAGCUGCUUGUUGGAACUUUCCUUCUAUGAUAAGCAGUGUCAAGCAUUUCACACAUCUUCAGAUUGCUUACGUUCAGUGUGUGUUUCGUGCAGUCAACCUCUUCAUCAUGUCAAUUUUCACACUAAAACAAAAGAUUAUAAAAUAAAUUGAGUGGUUCAUAUUGUGGAAAAUGACUGUAAAUAGUGUUAACUAUAUUAUAAUGAAAUUGUAUAGAAAAAAUCUAUUCACCAAGCAGUGGCAGGAGAAAACACACAAAGGUUAAGUAAAAGUGCAAGCUUUCGGAGUUAGUGUAUGCCCUGGGUCAUGGCAAACUUACCAGAUGGUACAUCUCGAAUGACCCAGGGUUUUGAGCAAGUUCUCCAAACUCCCUCCAUUUUCUAAAUCUUGCCAUUACUUUUGCUUCAUCCCCCAUCCUUCCCCUUCAACCUUCUGCCAGGAGGAGGAGCCACUGACUCCUAAAGCUUGCUCAUUUACCUAACCUCAUGUGGUUUUCCUGCCACCACUUGGUGAGUAGAUAUUUUAAAUCAAUACGAUAACAUUAUAUGUUCAAAAAUCUAUUAUUUUUGUUGAUAUAUUAAUUAUAUUUAGUAAGUUGUCUUUUCUCUAAAUAUAUUAAAAGUGACUAAUUAACUAACAUCAAAGGUGAAGUUGCACUACAAUGGUGUGAAAGUGCUGUAGUUAAAUUGCAGUAAAGAAAACUUGUGUCAAUUACCACUUUUGACUGGUUUCUGGAUAGUCACAUUUUGUUGUACACCACCGUGUUAGGGCAUCGACAGCAAGUACAUAUAGCUGACGAGUCUGCUCAAGUUUGAACACUAUUAAAUAAAAUUCCACUUGUGAACUGCACAGGUGACACACCCGUUGUAGUGUAAUGUAGUGGGUGUACUAUAACACAAGUAUGAUGCAGGUUGUGCUUAAUUGUAACAUAUUCUGGAAAUGAGCAACUUACUGAGUAAGUGGGUCUUUUUUUUUGAGGGGGGGGGGGGCGGCAAUAUCCACUUGUCAUCUUACGCAAUUAUUAUUCCUAUUAAAUUGUUAAUUGAUCAUGUUUUGCAACCAAAGUGUGCAUUAAUAACACUCUCUGAUUGUAAACUGUUACAAGACGAGGAGGAGAUACUGAAAAUCCUGUCACGUUUGAAAGAAAUAAAAUUCAUUUAAUGAA